AAUGAGAGUAUUCAAGAAAUGUCAUAUCAUGUCGAAAUCGAGUGCACACCCGGUAGAUAAUAAUUACUUAUAGCUUAUCAUUCAAAGGUCAUGUGGUGAAAGCAACAUAAUUUGAUUCGUUUAGAUUGCCGAGCCCACUGUAGUAGGUAAACAACUCAAACUUUUGAGUCGAGCUCGUUCAUCAAACGUGGAAUCCAUACGCUUCUGCAAUCGUUCAAAAAAUGGAUUCUAAUUGUAUAACUUUAACAAGAUUCGUCUUAGCAGAACAGAAAAAAGCACCUGGCGCUACUGGAGAAUUGACGCAGCUUUUGAAUUCUGUGCAAACUGCUGUUAAAGUUAUAAGUUCAGCUGUUCGAAAGGCUGGAAUUACACAACUCUUUGGAACGGUUGGAUCCACCAAUGUCCAGGGUGAGGAAGUUAAGAAGCUGGACGUCCUAGCAAAUGAAUUGUUCAUAAAUAUGCUAAAAUCUUCUUAUACAGUAGCACUGCUAAUUUCUGAAGAAAACGAAACUGUUAUUGAAAUUGAAACAGAAAAAAGAGGAAAGUAUAUUGUAGCAUUCGACCCUCUUGAUGGAUCUUCAAAUAUCGACUGUUUGGUUUCAAUAGGAUCCAUAUUCGCCAUCUGGAAGAAAUCUGAUAAUUCAGUACCCACCCUUGCUGAUGGUUUAAAACCAGGAAAUGAGGUUGUAGCUGCAGGUUACGCACUUUACGGAAGUGCCACCAUGAUGGUCAUUUCUAUUGGAUCAGGAGUUAACGGAUUCAUGCUAGACCCAACAAUUGGAGAAUUUAUACUCACCGAUAAAGAUAUGAAAAUUCCCCAGAAAGGUAACAUAUACUCAAUUAAUGAAGGUAAUACUCAUUCUUGGGGUGAAGCUAUCAAAGAAUACAUUAACAAUAAGAAAGAUCCUGCAAAAGGAAAGCCUUAUAGUGCUAGAUAUGUUGGUUCAAUGGUUGCUGAUGUUCAUAGAACCAUCAAGUAUGGAGGCAUUUUUAUGUAUCCUCCCACCGAAUCUGCCCCAAAUGGAAAACUACGUCUUCUUUAUGAAUGCAUACCAAUGGCUUUUAUUAUGACACAAGCAGGCGGUGUAGCUUCAAAUGGUCAAAUACCAAUCCUUGAUAUUCAGCCACAAAAAAUUCAUGAAAGGUCCCCAAUAUACUUAGGAUCUCCAGACGAUGUCAAUGAAGUUCUGAAAACUCUUCAAAAAUAUGAAAAGAGGCAAUGAUUCUAUAAUGAGAAUAAAAUAUAAAUUUUUAUUAGAAAAUAUACAGUUUUUGAGAAAAUAUACAUUGUAAAUGAUUGAUAAUAAGAAUACUUCAACAAGAAUGAUUAAUAUUACAACCGAUUAUAUACAUCAUUCACAAAUAAAGUUUUGUCUUCUAUUAA